AUGCUGAAUCCGAAAUACACUGGAAAGAGGCUUUCUAAGUACAUGCGAAAAGAGACAGAGGAUUGGGCUUCUAAGAAAAAUGAUGAGUGGUUAGCUGGUUGUCCAGCAAGCUCAGCAGUUAUUGAAUGCAGGUUUUUAACACAUGAACUUGUUUGGUCCAAACUGCGAAACAAUUUGUGUCCCGAAAAAAAUAAAAAGCUUGCUGAAGUUAAUAGAUGUUUUUUUAGAGAUGACAGGAAAGAGCAACGUGAUUCGUCUAUGUGUAACUUUUGUGGAGAAUUUUUUUCUCGGGCAAAUAUAUUGUUGCAUAAACUGACUCAUACUUCAGAAAAUGAGAGAAAAAAAGUAUCAGGCAGUGUUUCUAAAGAUGUUUCUAAAGCUGCCGAAAAACCAUCUUAUACCUGCAAGAUUUGUGGUAAAAUAUACACUGUGCGAAAAACGUUUGUUACGCACAAAAAUAAUCACAGGCGAAAUAAAAAAAUAAAGGAAAUGGGAAUACACCCGUUUGAUAAGAAAGCCUGUUUAAAUUUGAAAGCAAUGAGUAAUGCCGCCAUUUCUGAAUCAAAGCCAGUCAAUGACAAUUUUAAAGUGAAAACGAAGUCAGUGAAGUCAAUGAUGAAUCCUGAUGUAAUAGUUAAUCCAAUGGGUAAAAAUGACAGCAAUCGUAAUUCGAAAGUAAAACCAGAAUUGCCUCAAAAAAAUAUGAUAAAUCCUGAUGUAAUUGCUAAUCCCAUUAGUGUAAAUGGCUGCAGUUCUAAAAUGAAGUCAGAAAUGCCAAUGAAGUUCACGGCGUAUCCUGUUGUAAGAGAAAAACCAAUGUGUGUAAAAGACAACAAUGAUGAUUUUAAAUUGAAAUCAGAACUACUAGGGAAAUUGAUGAUAAAUCUUGAUCCAACAGCUAAUCCCAUUAGUGUAAAUGGCGACAGUUCUAAAAUAAAGUCAGCAAUUCCAACGACGUUCACAGUGUAUCCUGAUGUAAUAGAAAAACCAAUCAGUGUAAAUUACAGCACUAAUGAUUUAACAUUGAAACCGAAAUCGAUAAAAAAUUUUGAUCCAACAGCUAAUCCCAUGAGUUGCACUGCAGAUUGGGCACCACCAAAACCAGUUGAAUCUCAUAAUGAUGUUCCUCCUACAGUUUCACCCAUUCAACUGGUUUCUGGGGAUUCAUCACUGACCAAGACGAGUCCUGCUAAGAAAACAUUGUACCGAUGUUAUAAGUGUGAUAAAACUUAUACCAAAAAGAAAGCGCUUGUAAAUCACAGAGUCAACCAUAUGCAGAAUGUUAAGAAGCAUAAAUUUCUGUAUUAUGACAAAACAAACAAAAAGACUAAGAAAAGUUUAAAGGAAAUUAUGCAGAAAGGUAAAAAGAAGAAUUGA